AUCGAAGUAAUUUCCGGCAUCAUCAACCUGUACCCUCUCAUCGGCUCAGCCGCCGCCGGCCGCACCUCCGACUGGAUCGACCGCCGCUACACCACUUUCUUAGCCGGCGGCAUCUCCGUUACGCUCUCAUGAUAGCUCCCGUUUACACUGCCGAGGUCGCUCCGGCCUCUUCCCGCGGAUUCCUCACUUCAUUUCCUGAGGUGUUCAUCAAUACAGGGGUACUAUUGGGGAAGAAACUGAGUCCGGCGAUGGUGAGACAAGGGGCUCAUUCAGAUACGUGCAGUGACGAGAGCGAGAAGAUGUGGAGAUGGGAUGGAUGUUCUUUUCUGCCUGAUCCAACCUCUCGGCCACCAUCAACAACGACGACGACUUCGCCACCCGUAGCAGCGGAACCGUGGCCAAGGGGAGAGGACAAACACGUUGCGGGGGAGAGUAUGCGUCCAUGCAAAUCUCGCCAUAGCCAUUCCAUGAGAUUUGGUACCACGUGUCAGUCAGCAAAUACCGUUUGUCAUUUAAAUCUUGUUAGACAAAGCAGCAAAAUUACGUGAACAAUUGAGAAGUUUUUUUUUUUCCAAACGUAGUAUUAUUUAAUAUAUUAUUAUUAAAUAAUAAUAAAAUAGGAAAAAAUUCCAUGCACACGUGGUCUACGACUUUUUAUUUUUUCUAAUGAUGCAAAAAUUUAUGUGAUUCGGUUAUGCCUACUUUACGGACAGAUGGAAUAAAAAAUUUCACUAUUUUGGAAAGAAUUAUAAGAUAAUUUGGAAUCAA